UUUCUACGAAAACAAUAUUGUUCUUCCUUCGCUGUUAGACUCUCCAUCUUGCUUGAUUGUGUGGUAUUUGGAAUGCAAGAGUUUCAGCAAGAUACUAAGCAAAGUAUCGCUCCAGAAAUGUCUGUCCCAACUUGUUUGAUCUGCUUUUUUUUACUGUUUCACAAUACAAGAGGAAUGACAGUCCCAAACCACAUUCAUGUCUUGUUAUUAUGGGCUUGAAGGGCUCACCUCAGUGGUUGGGAUCCAAUGGGAACUUGUUGGAAACUGUUCAAUUUAGCCACAGGCUAGGGUGUGGCUGUUUCAUCCCACAGGGGAAAACAGUAAUAUUAGAUCUCAUAGUCUUCUUUUUGUGUGGGUCAUGUGUUUGGAAAGAGGGUGUGCUAUCCUGUAUUUAAGCAGGGUUGUACUUCAAUUGGGAGGGUUUUCUGAGUGAUUAAUACAUCCUUGGGGGGGAAAAAAGAAAAAGAAGAAAAAGACAAAAAAGGAAAACCAACUAGCAACUUUUACUGUUUUUGGACUUGAAGUACUAACAGCGCUUCUCAGCAGAUCAACAGAGCUCGCAGCCACUGCAACAUGACAGAGACAGCUGAAGCUGUAGCUGCUGACGUGAGCAGCAAGAGAAGUGUGACCAUCGAAAUAUCAAAUCUCGCUAACAGCUACCUCCUUAUUAACCCCAGGGUAUACCUUGAGAACGGGGAGGCAUACAACCCACCGCAACCUACAGUGCGCCCUCUAAAGACAGAGGUUUGCACGUUCACCAAGUCCAGCAGCAAAGCAACAGGAGCUGUUGGUGUACUGACCUAUGACCUUUUCGAGAGGUCACAGAAUGACUUCGCUGAGACUGUGGCUCUCAUGUUCUCCGUCCCCUGGGACUACAACCUGUACAAGAACUGGUUUGCAGUGGGCGUCUAUAAAAGGGGUCGUAACUGUGACAAGGAUUUGUACAAAGAAAUGUACUACGAGAAGAAUCAGCAUGAACAUGGGUUUGUCAGGGAGGAAGCCACUGGGUCAGGAAUCAAUUACAUGGGUAACCGCCUAGAUAUCAGGGCCACUAUGUGUCCUCUAGGCAAAGCUAUCAUGAAGGUAGAGGUGUGGGAUAAGCUUCUUACACCCAUGGGCCAGCAGGCAUAUUAAAGGGCCCCUUGAUACCAGUAUUUUUUGUCAUGUUUCCUGACAGCAGAAUUCAUUCUCUGCCUUCUGCUUCUUCCUGGUAGACUGUUUCUAAUACAGCAGGCAUGCAUGAUUUAACAGAUGUAUUGUUGCUGACAUGUGUCUGUAUACCUGGAUAUUACCCUUCAGUAAAUCUGCUUAAGAUAUGAAUUUAGUUUGUUUAUAAAUUCACCCCCCCCACCCUCCCAGCCCCCCAUCAGACACACACACACUGUAUAAUCACAGCUUCUCCCUGUUUCAAUAGCAUUCAGUUUUAAAAUGGAAUCUUUAGAAAUGGAAAUCAAAGGAUGACUCACCGGAGGAUGAGGGCAUAUAGCUUAAUGAAAUACGCAAUGAAAGCUUGUCUGUAUUUACCUUGACACUGUAGUCUGAGGAAUAAAAUAAAGCUUUUUUUCUGAA